GUUAGAACCAUCGUGGUCGGUUAUUUGAUUUCAAGGAAUACAGAAUCUACAGUACUCUCUCUCCUCCUGAAUCUUGAACAUGGCGACGUGCCCGGUUCGGUUCCAAUUUUCCUGCAACAACAUCCCCGAAGGCCUGAAUUUUACUCACGAGAUUCCAAAGAGUCUUGUCAGACCUCUAUCCCAUUCCCGGCAAAAUGAUUCAUACAACUAUCGUUUCCAAUGUGCAGUGCUGCCUUUUUUGAAAACAUACGAACCGGCUUGUCGUGCAGCGUCCAAUCCGUUUUGCGGAAUUUGCGGAUCGCCCAUCGCGACCGUUCUGCAGACGCCUAUGUCCUUUCUUUACAACGAGGGUGAUCCCUACGUUGGGGUUCUUGUCAGCAGCGUGUGUGGCAAAGGCGAAUGCGAAAGCCGGACGUGACAAGCCAUCCAGGAGGAGAUGCUUGAAAUUGGGGCAGGCGCCGAGGCUCGGGUGGAAGCUAUAGUUUGUGCGGUGUGCGGAAAGAUGGAAGGGAUCAAGAAGUGCGGGCGGUGUAAGGCUGUGGCAUACUGUGGCAAAGACCACCAGAAGGCAGACUGGAAAAUGCACAGAAGCACGUGUGUAUCCCGGGACAAAGAAAGUAACUGAGCAAGGGAGUCACCAUCCAAGAGUCGCCUUGUAACAUUGAGA